CUUUAGUCGACAACUACUUCACGCCCAUCAACCGCCAUCAUGUCGUCCGAGGCCAAGGCAUCCAACCCCAUGAAGGAGCUUCGCUUGUCGAAGCUCGUUCUCAACAUCUCCGUCGGAGAGUCUGGUGAUCGUCUCACCCGUGCCGCCAAGGUGCUUGAGCAGCUGUCCGGUCAGACCCCCGUCUACUCCAAGGCCCGUUACACCGUCCGUACCUUCGGUAUCCGUCGUAACGAAAAGAUCUCCGUUCACGUUACCGUCCGUGGCGCCAAGGCCGAGGAGAUCCUCGAGCGUGGCCUCAAGGUCAAGGAGUACGAGCUCCGCAAGCGCAACUUCUCUGAGACCGGUAACUUCGGAUUCGGUAUCUCCGAGCACAUCGAUCUCGGUAUCAAGUACGACCCCGGCAUUGGUAUCUACGGAAUGGACUUCUUCGUCUGCAUGGGCCGCCCCGGUGCCCGUGUUGCCAAGCGUCGUCGCUGCCAGGCUAAGAUCGGUGUCAACCACCGCAUCAACGAGAACGAGACCAUCAAAUGGUUCAAGAACCGCUUCGACGGCAUUGUCCGGUAAAGGAUUUAACGACGAUGAUGGGCGGAAACGGUUGAUAUGCGUUGUAUAAAGCACUCAACCACAAACGAAAAGGCUCACUCGCCAUUGAGAAAACAAAAAAUCGCCUCGGAACAAACUCGGCGAGGCUCGACAGGCUUCUUGUUCUCUGCACAGGCAUGGUCUUGAUUUCCUAUCACGGCAACUAGGAUAGGCGUGUUAGGGGCAUGAAUGAAUUAUUCACAUUUUACUGCUGCUU